CACGUGCGCUCCGUGCGGCCCGUCUCCCGAGAUAUAUAGAGAUACCUCCUCUCUCUCCUCAUCUCGUUCCAUCCGCCUCCCCCCUCUCUCUAAACCCUAGCGCCGCGACCCGAGCAAUCCCUAGGUUUCCGCGCGGGGUGGUGGCGGCGGCGAGGGGAUUGGGCCCGGAAUGGCGGAGGAGAAGGUGGGGCGGAUCUUCGUGGGCGGGCUGUCGUGGGACACCACGGAGCGCACGCUCGAGCGCACCUUCGGCCAGUACGGCAAGGUCAUCGAGACACAGGUUGUAGUGGAAAGGGAGACAGGCCGCUCCAGGGGGUUUGGAUUUGUUACAUUUUCAGAACCGCGGGCUGUGGAUGCUGCCAUUCGGGGAAUGCAUAAUGGAGAACUAGACGGCCGAAAUAUUUCUGUGAACAAAGCUCAACCUAGGAUGAACUCUGAUGAUGGCUAUGGAUAUGGUGGUGGUGGUGGUGGUGGUGGUUACUCUUCUGGUGCUAGAGGUGGAUAUCGCAGUGGAACUGACGUAGUUCCAGCAGCGAGUAAUGAUUGCUUCAAAUGUGGCCGCCCUGGACAUUGGGCUCGUGAGUGUCCUUAUUCAGAUGGAGGUAGAACUGGAAGGUACUCUCCCACUUCGAGGUAUGGUGGUGGCACUGGGGGACGUGGUGACCGCUUUGGAGGAUCAGACCGUUUUGCUAGCCGCUAUGAUGAUGAUAGAUAUGAUGGUGGGCGUUAUGUAGAAAGCAAGGAUACCUAUUAUGGUGCUGGACGUGAUCGUUAUGCCAGUGAUCGCUAUGCACCAACAGCAGAUCGCCAUUCUGGUGACAGAUAUAGUGGUGCAGAUCGUUAUGCAUCAAGUGGCUUUGCCAGGGAAAGAAGCUAUGAGAGAGAUGGAGGAAGAUCCAGCGGGAGUUACUACCGUGAUGAUACUAGGGGCUCUGGUGGUUAUGGAAGAGGUGGUCCAUGUGUGGGGGGCAGUGGUGGGCCUGCUCGCUUUGGUGGGAGUUACCGAGAUAGACCUGCCCCCUAUGAUCGUCCUAGCAGGGGAGCUCGCUCAUAUGAUGAUCGCUACUGAUUAAGGUUACCUUGGAGCAGAACAGUGAUAUCUAGUGUUUUUCAGUUAUCACUCUAUACUUUAUUUACAGUUUGCUAUAUUGAUACUUCAACUCUGUUAUUCAGCAGUGCAGUGCAGUUUGUUUAAUUAAUCUCCAAGACAGUGUGUAGUCAGUAUUUGAGCUAUUAGUUGGUACAAUAAACUGUAGGCAGUGUGUGAUCCUGGUUCGUCAUGUUGUUUGUGUAAUUACUUUGCACUCCUGUUAAACUGAGUCUCAGUAUGUUAUCUUUGAAUUAGCCUGCUGCCCUGGACUUUUGCUGACUUGUCGAGACUACUGAGCCACAUUUUCUAUCUUUAGUUGAAUUUCGCACAAAGAAUUCUCAUUACCAAAGUUGUACAGCAGGGGAAUGUGCAGGUCUGUGGAAAGGAAUGUUUGCACCUGUAUUUAUUUGCUGGGCAAUCAUCCAGUUUGUUCAGCUCUUGUUUCUACUGGGUUGCUCAGAAAUCAGAACAGCGUAAUUAACCGCUUGCAGGCUGGGUUCCGAGUAAACUGAGAAUGUUAAUCUGAGGAAUAUACGUGGUUUGGUGUGUA